GUGAGGAUGCAGCACAAUCUGCUCUGGAUGGGUUUCCUCUUUUUCAAUACGUUCUCCUGUGGACAUCCUGAAGGAAAAACUUCACUGGCGGCAGAUAGAGCUGUUCUACCAGCAGGGGGCAGUGUGACUCUGACCUGCACUGUGGAUAACCCAGGUCACUUAGACUUUCACUGGUACAGACAUGAUUUCGAGUCGUCUGCAGGUCAGAUGAUGAACCGCACAGCAGACAAAUCCCUCGUGCUCUCAAAAGGAGGUCUGUACAGCUGCAGAGGAGUAAGACUGGGAAAAGGAAAUGUGCCUUCCUACACAAGUUACAGCAACAAGGUCACUGUUCAGGAGACCCUUUCUUUUAGCGUCACCGUGACCUUGGACCAUGAUUGGGCUCGGAUUUACGUAGGAGAGACGGUCACUAUCGGCUGCGAAAUAAAGGGAGGUGAACAAAUUAACUGGACCUAUGAGUGGAAAAAAAAUCACACGUUUGAGAAACCGGGAUCAUCAAGUGGACACAGGAUCAUCAAAGCUAAACAGUCUGACAGUGGAGACAGCUGCAGAGGAAGAAGAGACAGGUUUUCCUCUACAGAGUGGAGUGAUGCUCUCUCAUUAACUGUUUCCACAAACAAUCCCAAAGCCAAUCUGACAGCAGGUUCAACAACCAUACCAGUAGGGGGCAAUGUGACCCUGAGAUGCUCAGUGAAGCCCUCUGCUGGAUGGAAAUACAGAUGGUUCAGACGAACCGAAAACACACAUGAAGUUCAACUCACUGAUAAAGAAAACAGAGAUAUUAAUGUAACACAAGGAGGAAUCUACAGAUGUCAUGGAACGAGAGAAAAGCCCUCAUUCUACAGUCGUUCAAGCAACGAGAAAAACAUUAAAAUAAUGUUUUCCAACCAGGUUUUUGUGACUCGACAACCAAACUGGCCUCAUAUCAUCAGUGGUGAGUCGAUCACUCUGACAUGUGAGAUCCAGGGAGGACAAACCACUGAGUGGACGUGUGACUGGAUGAGAAACGAGUCAAUAAUACUGAGGACAGACAGUAAACGCUGGACUUUCAUUGUCUCUGAGUCCAGCAGUGGAGACUACAAGUGUCGGUGCAGAAGAAGAGACGACUUGUUUUCUUCAACAAGGAGGAGUGAAACUAUAACAGUAGUAUCCAGUCCUGUCAGCUCUUCAUUUCCUGUCAUGCUGAUCGUUGGACCAGUCAGUGGAAUCAUUCUCAUCGUCCUCCUGCUCUUGUUGUGUCUCUGCAGACGGUCCAAAGAUUUGUGCUGCUUCAGGUUAUUUCAGUCUGAAAGCAGCAGCCAGAGUCCGGCCACUAAUCCUGGAGAGAACCAGAUUGAAAGUCAUUACAGCUCCCUGCUGCAUGGCACCAUGUCUGUGUAUGAGACAAUCCAUAACCGAGGAGCCACAGGAAACGAGAGACCUCGUGAUUCAGAAGACGGCUCAGUUUACGUGAAUGUGAGGCCAGAUAAUUACAGCUCAGCAUGAAGGAAACUGGAGUCCAGCAGCAACAGAUGCUCCAGUUUGUUCUCUGGUUAAUAAAAGCUGUGGAUAACUCUGUUGGUUUAUUCUGCAAGAGUUCAACUCUUAACAUUUGAUUUUUGUCGUUUUAUGAUGUGAUGAUCACAUUUUUGCAGCUUUACAAUGUGGCACAUGUAUUAAUGUUACAUCUCUGCAAUAGUCAAAAGUGUUUUACAUUUGCAUUUGUGUUCAAAUGUUAAUUAGCUAAAGAUGCAAACAUCUGAGGUUUGCAACAUCCCAGUGAGAAAAAAACAAAAGAUUAAAAUGACAAACUCCUUUCUUACUUAUGCAACAUUUGUAGCUUUUACAACUUUUCUGUUCAUAAUAAAUAGAAAAUUGUG